CCGCCGCCUCCUCCCAUCGCUCCACCCAUAGAUCAGUUCCCCCCAUUUCUCCCAAUCUCCCCGCCGCCGCCACCUCCUCCCGAUCUCCCACCCACCGCCGACCUCGCCGUCCUCCCUCCCUCCCCGCACCGUCCCGGCCACCUUUUUUCUCGGUGACCAACGCAAGCACGCGAGCGAACUGCUCGAGAGAAAAGUCGCGGCGAGAGCGAGCACAGCCGCGGAGACAGAUAGACGCACGCACGCCAGUACAAAAUCGCCCCCGUCCCGUCUGUCUUUUUUUCUCUCCCGCCGCCGCGCCAUGGAGGAGGGGAGGAGAGGGACGAGGACGGUGCGCGUGCGGAACAUCUCAGAUCUGGCCAGGGAGCGGGAGGUGCGUGAGUUCUUCUCCUUCUCCGGCGAAAUCGACCACGUCGACAUCACGCCUGACAGGGCGGCGGCGCCGGGGAGGACGGCCUACGUCACCUUCAAGGACGCCAAGGCCCUGGAGAUCGCGCUGCUGCUCUCGUACGUGCGACGUCCAGCGUCAACGAUGAUGCGGACCAUAUGUUCAACUGCAGCCCCAUCCAUUGCAUUGACACAAAGCCUGUCAUUGCUAAGGGAGAAGCGGGACUUGGAGAAGAAAUCUUUCCAUUAAGCAGAUUACAUGUUUGGUUGCUGUGAAGUACCAGAUAGGCUAGUUCUAUUUUUUCACGAUCCUGGAUUAUUUUAGCAGCGCCAUGCAAAUGUAGUAGCGUUAGGUUUCUGAUUCACCUUUUGUAAAAACUUAGUUAGCCCGCACUCAGUCAGUAGUAGCUCAGCCAGCCAGCCAACCUCAAAUAGUAUUGCUGGAAUGAAUGGUUGUAAUAUAAUAACAUUGCAUGUUGCUUUGAAAAUGUAUCAGAACUGGGCUAGGCCCAAGAUAGCUUGUGGUGUGAUGUGUUGUAAUGUCAAUGGCAUAAUAAUUUUUUU